CAACUGUCAGUGAAAAAUAAACGAAAAGAACAAAUUACAAAAUAUUUUUUUAUGUGGUCGUCGGGGAGCAAGUUAUGUCAACAUUUCUUUUGGAUUUAAAAUUAAAAUCACCAUUAAAUCAAUCACAAAUCAAUGAAAAUCUAAUUCCCAGAAUCAAACAAACUGAUUUAACAUACAAUGAUUUCUAUUGGAAUUACAUGAAUGCCAAUUGGCCAGUGAUUUUAACAUCCGUAUCAAACGAAUGGGAAUGUCGCCGCCAAUGGACUAUACAGACGACCACAUCAAACAACGAUACCACCGAAAUAAAUUUUAAAUACCUCAAACAAAAAAUUGGCAAUUGCCUAGUACCAGUGGCAAAUUGUUCCAAGGAAUAUUACAAUAGCCAUGAGAAAUGUGAAAUGAAAUUCUUUGAUUACCUGGACCAAUGGCAGAUGUCUGUCUUUGAUAAUAAUCAUAACCUCUACCUCAAGGAUUGGCACCUGAAGGAGCUUAUGCCGGACUAUGAUUUUUAUAGAGUUCCUAAGUAUUUCGCGUCCGAUUGGUUAAAUGAAUACCUCAUCGAUAGGAAGCUGGAUGAUUAUAGAUUUGUUUAUAUGGGUCCAAGGGAUUCGUGGACACCCUUUCAUGCGGAUGUUUUCGGCUCCUACAGCUGGUCAACAAAUAUUGCCGGCCGCAAAAAGUGGCUCCUUCUGCCACCACAAGAAGAACAAAAACUAACCGACUCUCUGGGCAAUCUUCCGUUCCGCAUCACAGAAGACCAACUCAACGAGAAGAAUGUGAAAUUUUUUACAAUUAUACAAACAGAGAAUGAAUCUAUUUUUGUACCGUCCGGAUGGUAUCAUCAAGUGUGGAAUCUAACCGAUACCAUUUCGAUAAAUCACAAUUGGUUCAAUGCAUGCAAUGCACCAACAAUUUGGCGCAAUCUCGCCCAAUGCAUGCAACGAGUUAUACACGAAAUCGAAGACUGUCGUCAAAUGGACAAUUUCGAAGAACAUUGCCAGACCAUGUUGCGUGCCAGCUUCGGCAUAAAUUAUUCGGAUUUUUUGAAUAUUUUAGAGCAUAUCAUCGCGAAGCGUUUGCAUCAAUCCUACCACAACCACAACAAUAAUAACAUAGAGAAAAAUAUACUUUUUGAUACAUUUACACUAAGUGACUUCCAUGUGCGAUAUGAUUUAGCUGUAAUCGCCGAUGUUUUAGAAGCAAUAAAAAACGACGAUGUUGUGCAAACGCGAGCGGAACUUUGUGAUAGAUGCAAGGAAUUGGCAGAACAAACUAAGGGUUUCAAAUGCGAGUGAGAAAAUUUAAUAAAUUAAAAAAUUCCUUUUAAGAAAACAAAUUGUAAAAAGCAAAUAUCUGCCUACCGAAUAAUAUAUUUUAAAUAUAUUUUUAAACUAUAAA